CAUUCAUUGCCAGGGUUGAGGUCCUGCCUCUUUAUCAGCCCAAUGAGCGCGGCAGAGGGGAGGCUCUUCCCACCAAACACCUCUCGUCCAUCUCUCCUCACUCCUCCACUCAGCGAGCGGGCUUGCCGGAGCUCACCGACACCCUGUCAACGCCAAGCCACUAAACUGUACGGAUAGUAAUCGUUCCCAAACGCGUCUGUCAACUUAUUUUCUUAUUUUGUUCUUGUCCGUUUUCAGUUGACAGAAAAUUGACAGAAAGACAAGUGCCUGCAGUAUUGCGAAACAAGUCACGUCUUUUUUCCCCCCUUCUCUGAUAAUCUUUUUCUUCUUCUUCUUCUUCUGUGAAUGACAUGGAACGGACGUCCGGAUGAGAUACAAUCUCUUACAUUGAUGAACCAACUAAUGGAUGUCGCAUCUCUCCGUGCGUCUCUCUUCUCUGUGUUCUGGACACAGAUCAGAGUGCAUCCGUGACCCUCUUCGCAACAUGUACUCAAGCUGGGAGAUACGUAGAACAGAAGAGUAACCAUCCAGCUGUCCGUCAGCUGGUCGACCCCUGACUUUUGGAGGGGAAGCAAAAACAAAGCAAAGACAAAAAAAAAUAAAAAAUACAAAGAUGCUUAAACGUGGAGAGGAGAUGCAGCGAGAUCUAUGGACUUCUCUCCUGCUAGUAUGGAUUACUUGUGUGCAGUACUCUUCCAUGGCUCCGUUAAACAAUCAGUCACAAAGUUUACAAACGGCAUCAGCCAUGAUCCCACGAAACCGGCCAAGCGAAGGACAAAGAAUCCUCAGUCGUGCCAAGAGAGGAUGGGUUUGGAAUCAAAUGUUUGUGUUGGAGGAGUUCUCUGGACCCGAUCCAAUUCUGGUUGGCAGGCUCCAUACGGAUUUGGACAUGGGGAAUAAGAACAUCAAGUAUGUGCUGGCAGGGGAAGGGGCGGGCACCAUCUUCGCCAUCAACGAGAGGACGGGGGACAUUCACGCCAUGAAAAGGCUAGACAGGGAGGAGAAGGCCGAGUACACGCUCACAGCACAGGUCAUCGACAGAGACACCGACAAACCUCUGGAACCGCCGUCAGAGUUCAUCAUCAAAGUGCAAGACAUCAAUGACAACCCCCCACAGUUCAUCGAGGGGCCUUACAAAGGUUCAGUGCCAGAGAUGUCCCAAGUGGGUACAUCAGUAACGAGAGUAACCGCAACCGACGCGGAUGAUCCAGUGUAUGGAAACAGUGCCAGACUGGUCUACAGCAUUCUGGAAGGCCAGCCUUAUUUCUCCAUCGACCAAACCACUGCAAUCAUUAGGGUGGCUCUGGCAGGAAUGGAUCGUGAGAUGAGGGAAGAGUAUCUUGUUGUCAUUCAAGCAAAAGACAUGGGAGGUCACAUGGGUGGGUUGUCAGGAACCACUACUGUGACAGUCACUCUUACUGAUAUCAACGAUAACCCACCAAAGUUCUCAAAGGGCUCUUAUGAGUUCACUAUUCCUGAGGAUCUUGGCAUCGGGAAACCUGGUGGAAGAGUAAAAGCAAAUGACAGAGACAUCGGGGAAAAUGCUAAAUCUGCUUACAGCAUCAUAGGUGGAGACGAGAGGGAUGUCUUUGAGAUUGUCACUGAUGCUCAGACACAGGAGGGAAUCCUCAGACUCAAGAAGCCUCUGGACUUUGAGUCCAAAAAAUCCUACAACCUAACAGUGGUAGCGACCAACAUACGUGCCGAUUCGAUUACGGGUGGGCCCUACAUGGACCAGGCCACAGUCAAAAUCAUCAUUGAGGAUGCAGAUGAACCCCCUGUCUUCACAAAGUCUGCUUAUCUUUUCGACGUGCAUGAAAAUGCUGCAAUCAACACAGUCAUAGGAGCAGUAGCGGCGAGAGACCAGGACGCCACACACAGCCAAGUCAGGUAUUUUAUUGAUAGGCACACAGAUUUAGAAAGGCAGUUUAACAUUAAUGUUGAUGACGGGAAGAUCACAUUAGCUAAACCUCUGGAUAGAGAGACGGAUAUGUGGCACAAUAUCACAGUGACAGCCACUGAAGUUCGAAACCACAGCCAGAUUUCCAGAGCCAUAGUGGCGAUCAAAGUGCUGGACAUAAAUGACAACGCCCCUGAGUUCGCCACCGAAUACGAAGCAUUCCUUUGUGAAAACGGCAAACCUGGACAGGUGAUUCAAACCAUCAGCGCCGUGGACAAAGACAAUCCUUCCCAGGGACACACUUUCCACUACCGCCUGGAGAUGCUCAAUAAUCCCAAUUUCACCAUCAAAAACAAUUUAAAUAACUCAAUCAGCGUUCUUGCCAAGCACGAUUCCUUUCGGCGACAGAAACAGGAGACGUACCUCCUUCCCAUCGUCGUGACUGACGACGGCGAGCCUCCAAUGAGCAGCACGAACACUUUAACUAUCCGGGUGUGCGGCUGCAGCAGGGACGGCACUGUGCAGUCGUGUAACGUCGAGGCUUUUGUUCUACCCAUUGGUCUCAGCAUGGGAGCUCUGAUUGCUAUUCUAGCUUGUAUAAUUCUACUUCUCGUUAUCGUGGUCUUGUUUGUGACGCUGAGGAGACACAAGAACGAGCCUCUAAUCAUCAAAGACGAUGAGGACGUGAGGGAGAACAUCAUCCGUUACGAUGACGAGGGAGGCGGGGAGGAGGAUACGGAGGCCUUUGACAUCGCCACCCUGCAGAACCCAGAUGGUAUCAACGGCUAUCUGCCCAGGAAGGACAUCAAGCCUGACCUGCAGUUCAUGCCCAGACAGGGUCAGCACUCGGGUCCGAAUGGAGUAGACGUGGAUGAAUUCAUCAACGUACGGCUUCAUGAGGCAGACAACGACCCCACGGCUCCACCAUACGACUCCAUCCAAAUCUAUGGCUACGAGGGCAGGGGCUCCAUCGCGGGCUCCCUGAGUUCCCUCGAAACGGCCUCCUCGGACUCGGACCAGAACUAUGACUACCUUAGAGAGUGGGGGCCGCGCUUCAGAAGACUGGGCGAGCUCUAUUCUGUCGGCGAGAGCGACAAAGAGACUUGACCUCCAAGCACUACAGACCUUUUGCUUCUGUCCACAUAACUUGUGUAUUAUGCUACGGGGAUGUUAGACACUGCUGUUUAAAAGGGGGUGGGGGCGCCUUUUUUGAAUCUUCUUAGAGAGACCUAAUAGCAUUAGUCAUCUACCACAUCAGAGUGCAUCGUAACUUCAGAACUUACCAGUGUCUAUAGUAGGAGGUCAAUGAUUCUUGUGGAGUGUGAGUUUAGAUUACCGUCACUGAGUGUCUAGCAGUAUUUUGGGUAUUUGUUGUUCACUGUGACCACCAGAGGCAUCACAACCUUGAUUCUUGGUAGUCGCUUGAAAGGACUAGAUGGAAAGAGGACUUUAGGACACCUUGUAGCCCGCUGUGGCUUGGCAGGAGAAAAAGGACUGCAGAGGACUCAAAAUGACACCGCUCCCCAGCGACAACAGAUCUCUUGCCGUCAUUCAGCCAAUCAGAUAAAGGAACAUUUAAAAAAGAAGGUAAACUAAAUAGCAAUAUGUUGUCUACAUUACUUAUGAAUGUAUGUGUGGUUUAACAAAUGCGAGCGCAAUGAAAAUACGUCACACUGGCUUUAGGAUCUGCCUGCUGAGAUAACGUUUGACCCUUUGAUACUACGUGGCCAGAUUUCUUGAGUAAACUGGAAAAGCCUUUAGGCUUGCUUUAUACAACCCUUUGUAUCCAUAUGCUUUACGUGUGGUUCACACUCUAAGAUGAUUAGACUGUGUAAGACUGCGUUGAGGACAACAAGAGAAUUGUGGAAACAAUGAGGCCUUCGUUUUUUCAAAAGCAAGCAUUAAAUACAGUCGUAUUCCAAUGUUUUUUGGAACAUUGAUGGUGUUUCUUCAUUGUUGUGUAUGUUUUAUAUAAAUAUAUAAAUAUUCAUCGCCAGUCGUCUGUUUUGUGCUGCAGUUUUGAGCAUAUUUGUACUUUUUAUUUUUUAUUUAUUUAUUUAUUUUAGUAAAACGUAUUUUUUUUUUUACAUUUUAUUUAAAGUUUCAAGCUUUUCCUCUUCUGCUUUGUUUUACUCUGCUGCAUCACCGUUUAUUUUUUUUUUUAUUAUUAUUUUUUUUUUGUUAAGCUGAACUGAAUUUCUGAACUGAAAUUCACACAGUGAGAUUUGUUAACUACACUGAACUGUGAAAUCCACAGAGGAUUUGUUGACUAGGAAAGAUAAGUCAAUAUUUUAUUGACACUGUGUGUGUGUGUAUAUAUAUAUUCACAUACUAUACCCAGUGAUAUCAGUGAUCAUUCUAAGCACAAUAGCCGAGAACAUCUACUUCAUGUUUAUAUUUGACCCCUGCCAUUUUUAAAAUAAAAAAAAAACAAAAUCCAUUGAGUAAAGAAAUACAGAAACAGACAUGCGUAAUGUGCUGCACUGUAUGAUAUUAGAGCAAAAAAAUAAAAAUAAAAAAAAAGAAAGAAAGAAAAAAAGAUGUACAUAGAGUCAUUGCUGAUUAUCUUAGCUUUUCUUUUAAGUGAUAGGUUUUGUCUAUGCACGUUAGCUAUUGCACAUUGGAAUCUGGCACUGGAGCUACGUGCAUAUUCUGUUUGUAUUGAUGCGAUAUAUGGCAAUUCUCUUGGAUGGACAGAAUAUAUAAAAUAGUCUUUCAUGCAAAUCAUAUUUUCUACUGUGCUUUAAUGCUCAUACACUUGUAUGUUUAAUUAGCUACUCUCUGUAUUGUAAUCUAAGAUAUCCAUGUAUUGUUUCCUACUUUGUGAAAUAUAUUUUUAUAAAUAA